AUGAAUCGCCAGCAGGACGCCAAGGGAGUAAUCUUGACGGGGUAUUUUAGCAAUAGUGAAGUUUUACCUCCCGCCUCGGGUGUCAAUAAUGCCGAAGAGAUCGAGUCUUCAUCGUUGAGUCGCAGGACAGGCCGCUACAGUGUCCAGAGCCAGCCCACAAAUGCCUCAGGAAAGCCCCCAUACCACCGCUGUAACUCCCAGGACUCGCUGGACGAGCUGCUCAUGGAUGAAUACUGGACGGAGGUGGAGAACAUCACCCUUAGCGGCGAGGGAAAGGUGGAUGUAGAGCCACAGGAGGAGGUGCAGCUGAAGGUGCCUGAUGAGGGGGAACAGGAGAAGGCAUGGCUGACUGAGGCAGGGCUGGCCACUCUGUUUGACGAGUCGGCGUCGGACCCCGAGGACAUGAUGGGGCUGUUGUUCACACUGACGCGCACACAGGCUGCCGCCGUAGAGAAACGUUUUGAAACCAUCAGGAAGAGGAACAAGCAGCACCACAUACCUGACGUCAGAGACAUCUUCAAACUCCCAGGCACACUGGAGUCAAAGGAGGAUGAAGCAAAGUCAACAGAGAGAAGUGAAAACAGAAAAAGGAAUAUUACGACAGAUGGUCAGGUGGUGGGGCAGGGGAAUGGGGCUGGCCCUUCUGAGCAGAGUGUGUCUGAACCUGAGACUGACAUCAACCUAGAGCUGUCCUUCUCUGAUCAGGCCCUCGGCUAUAAGGAGGGCUCAAAGGCCAGCAGUCAGGCUCUGACGGACACAGACGAUAAGCUACCUAACUUCAAGCUAAGCAGAGACAAGACUGGGCUGACCAAGAUGGGGGACCUGUCCCCUCAGGAUAUGAAGAAGGUGCACCGCCUGGUACUGAUAGAGAUGACCGCUCUGUUUGACACGGCAGGCAUCGACCUCAAGGCCCACAAAGCAGUCAAACUCAAGGUCAAAGAGUCUGGCCUGUUUGGAGUUCCCCUGGCCACCCUAUUGGAGCAGGACCAGAGGAGACAGUCAGGGACCAAGGUGCCAAUCAUACUGCAGAGGCUCAUCUUUCACAUAGAGGAAGAGGGUCUGGACACAGAGUGGCUUCUACGGAUACCUGGAUCAGCCACAAGAGUCAAGGCGGUGCAUGUGGAGCUGGAGGGGAAGUUCUAUGAGGGCCUGUUCUCAUGGGAGAGUCUGAAGCAGCACGAUGCAGCCAGCCUGCUCAAGCUCUUCAUCAGGGAGCUGCCCCACCCACUGCUCACUGUGGAGUACCUCAGUACUUUCAUGGCAGUGCUCAAACUGCCCACUAAGAAGCAACAGCUGCAGGCUCUCAACUUAGUGGUUCUGCUACUUCCAGAGUCCAGCCGUGAUGUACUGAAGUCACUGAUGGAGUUCCUUCAGAGGGUCAUAGACCACAAAGAGCAGAACAAGAUGACCUUGAACAACAUUGCCGUGGUGAUGGCUCCAAACAUCUUCAUGUUUAAAGGCUUCCGCAACAAGAUCAGUAUGCAGCAGGAAUUAUCCAUGGCCACAGAGACCGCCAACAUCGUCCGACUGCUCAUCCGAUACCAAAACCUGCUCUGGACGAUUCCUAAAUUCAUAAUGAACCAAGUCAGGAAACAAAACACGGAGAACCAGAAGAAAAUUAGCAAAGACCGUGCCAUGAGGAGACUCUUAAAGAAGAUUGCUUACGACCGAGAGAAACCCGAAAAACAGGAGAAACCCCCCUCAGAGGUGGACAGUAGUUCUCAGGGCUUCAUCAGGGUCCAGGCCCCUCAGUUCUCUAAGGUCUCCAUGGCUGUCCAGUUGACUGAAGAGCUGCAGGCGUCUGACGUCCUCAGCCACUUCCUCAGCCAGAAGAGCUCUGUGUCUGUGAAGAGAGAAGACCUGUGCCUUUAUGAAAUAGGGGGCAAUAUCAAGGAGCGCUGUCUGGAUGAGGAUACCUAUAUGAAAGACCUGUUGGAGCUGAACCCCAGUGCAAAGUGGGUCAUCAAGUGGGUCAUCCAGAGAUAGAUGCUCACACCCUGCCAGCCAUGUCUUAAAGGUCCAAUGCAGCCAUUUUUAUCUCAAUAUCAAAUC